CAUUGUUCUUCCAUUUGCAGUGCAGCGCACGCACGAGACCCGCUCGGUCCGCAGCUCCGUCCGGUUAAAACAACGGGGAACACAGCGAGCCGACUCCAGCAAAAAACAGGGCCCCCACCCGCACCCGCCGAGGGAAAGUGGAGCUUUAGCAGGGGCAUCCUCACUCCAGACCCCCCCGGUUCCCUGUCGGAUCUCGGCGCGCAGCCUCGCCUCGGUUAAAACUUCCUCCGUCCCCUCGGUCCCUCUCUCAGACCCAAAAUGGAGAACGAGAGUAAGUACCUCCCGCAGCUGCUGGCGGAGAGAGACAGCCUGGACGGCUCCUUCAUCCACGCCAUGAAGCUCAUCUCUGCAGAAAUUGAGAGGGUGCAGAAAGAGGAGGCACCAGAAAAGGACAACGAAGCUUACUUGGAUCUCUUCACAGCAAAGAAUAUCAAACUGAAGGAAAGGGUUCUCAUACCAGUCAAACAGUACCCGAAGUUUAACUUUGUUGGGAAGAUCCUUGGGCCUCAGGGGAACACAAUCAAGAGACUGCAGGAGGAGACAGGAGCAAAGAUCUCUGUGCUGGGGAAGGGUUCCAUGCGGGACAAAGCCAAGGAGGAAGGCCUGAGGAAAAGUGGAGAGCCAAAAUAUGCGCACCUGUCCAUGGAGCUCCACGUGUUUAUUGAAGUCUUUGCCCCGGUGCCCGAAGCAUACCUGCGCAUGGCCCAUGCUAUGGAGGAGAUUAAGAAGUUCCUGUUCCCGGACAUGAUGGAUGAAAUUUGCCAGGAGCAGUUCAUGGAGAUGGGUUAUCUGAAUGGCAGUCAGGAUCAUGGCGCUCGAGGUCGAGGCGGCCCAAUGGGCAGAGGCCGCGGAGCACCUGCUGCACCCAGGGGUCGUGGCAUGCCGCCAAUGCGUGGCGGAGCCCCUCGGGGUGGUCCUUCUAGAGGCGGAGCAGUGAGAGGCGGUCCAGCAGGGCGAGGUGGACCGCCAUCUCAGCCAGCAAGAGGUGGUGCGGCUGGCCGUGCGCGUGCCCCUGCUGCAGGACCCCAGAGAAUGCCUCCUCCGCCACCACGCCCUCCUGCCCAGGAGAAUUAUGAAGAAUAUUCUUAUGAUGAAAGCUACACAGACCCAGCUUAUGAAUCCUAUGAUGGCUACUACAGUCAACAACAAGCAGAGCCAGAGUACUAUGAUUAUGGUCAUGGAGAAUCACAGGAGGGAUAUGAAAAUUAUGCUCAGGAUGACUGGAACGGAACACAGCGUGGUGCUGCUGCUGGGAAGACCCCUGCUCAGAGACAAACUAAGGGGACGUACAGAGAACACCCUUAUGGACGAUACUGAACUCCACACGCAGGACGUCAUCCAUAAUGUGUCACCAUGAUGACUGUCUCCCAUGGCAGCUCACGCUUUAAGCAACCCGACAAAAGUAAUUGUCCGUCUUUGGGUUUCGUUUUUCUACUCUGGACAUUUUUAAAGGAAACUCGACAAAUCGGCAACUGAAUGCUUCAAGAUCUGAAAGUCCAAGACAGUUUUUGAGGGUUUAGAUAUUUAAAAAAUGAGCUGUUCUUUUGUUUUCAGUUUUGGUUCGCUAUCCCCUCCCCCCCCUGCUCCUAUCUCCCUUUGCUUUUUUGCAUUGUUUAUAUAUACAUUUUUUUCCCACCUCCCCUCUCUUCUCAGUGAUUGGGUAAAACAUUUAAUUUGAAAGUUAAAGCAGAACUGUGUAGCCACUUGUUGAGUGUCCCAUGACACCACUUUAAUUUGUGUUACUUUUAAAAGAAUCUUUAGAGAUGCAGUUGCAGAUUCCCAUUUAGGCUACAUUUCAAAAUUCUGCUCAAUAGUAGAUCAAAAAAGUAAUUAAACCAAAUCAUGUAUUUUAUGUAAUGUAACCAACUUUAAUUAAGGGAACGAAAAAUCUCUUCAAUGGCAUUGCAAACAACCAUGGACUAUUCCUUAUUUGUGUUAAAUAGUCUUAAAAGAUGUAAAUCUAGAUUUAGGUUUCAAUAUUUUUCAUUGUAUUUUAGAGUUUUGAAAUAUAGCCCUAAUAGACACUGUUGAGAUGGACUGUCCUCAAAUCCUUAAUUUGAUAAAAUAAGUUACGGCUCUUCAAAACUGUUCUGUAAAAUGGCCUGUUUUUGGCUACUUAUGUUUAAAAAUAUAAAAUAAGUCCGAUCUUCAUGGAGGAAACCAUGUUAUAUAAACUGCAUGCACAAACUGCUUAAGAAGGAUUGGGACAACAAUCUCUACAAGGGUCACCUCUUCCUAAUGUAAAGGGAUACUGCAGCUAAAUAUGAAUCUCUUGUACAUAGUUAAAAUACGUCCAAACUGUACUUACUGCCAUUUAGUCUCUGUACCCUCUCCAUAAAAUGCAGAAUGCUACAUGUGUAAGCUUGCCUAAAUAGGUAACUAAAUCUGUCCAAAAAUGUUUUGCAGCAGUUGUCAAUAAAGCCUAGUUUGUUUUUUUAUGAAACUUUAA